AUGAGUGCCUUAUUAUCGGAAGCAGACCUCAACGAUUUCAUUAGUCCUGCCCUUGCGUGUGUGAAACCUACGCAGGUGAGUGGGGCCAAGAAAGAAAACACUAACGCGGACGGCGAAUACGAAGUGAGCACGGACCCUGACCAACUAGAGAAGGUCUCUAUCACGCUAUCAGACUGCCUCGCGUGUUCUGGCUGCAUAACGUCUAGUGAGGAAAUUUUACUGAGCAGCCAAAGCCACUCGGUGUUCCUGAAAAACUGGGGGGAGCUUUCACAACAGCAAGACAAGUUUCUCGUCGUGAGCGUUUCACCCCAAUGUAGACUGUCUCUUGCGCAGUACUAUGGCUUGACUUUGGAGGCGGCCGAUUUGUGCUUGAUGAAUUUCUUCCAAACGCAGUUCCGAUGCAAGUACAUGGUUGGCACGGAGAUGGGCAGAAUCGUUUCGAUUAACAAGACCGUAGAGAAGAUAAUUGCGCAUAAAAACCAAGCCCAACCUCAAACCCAAGACCCCCGUGCAGACCGCAAGCCUCUGUUGUCUGCAGUGUGUCCCGGCUUCCUUAUAUAUACGGAGAAGACAAAGCCGCAAUUGGCGCCUAUGCUUCUCAACGUCAAGUCGCCCCAGCAGAUAACGGGCUCGCUCAUCAAAAACACCUUCAAGAAUCUCGCUAUCCCACCUGACACCUUCUACCACCUGUCCCUAAUGCCUUGUUUCGACAAGAAGUUGGAAGCCUCCAGGCCGGAGUCGCUUGACGACGGCAUCGACUGCGUCAUCACGCCCCGCGAACUAGUCACCAUGUUACAAGAAUUGAAAUUGGACUUCAAGUCCUUUGUUACUGAAGACACAAGUCUAUAUGCGCGCCUAUCGCCGCCAGGAUGGGACCCUCAAGUCCACUGGGCGUCGAAUCUAGGCGGCACCUGUGGUGGCUAUGCCUACCAGUACGUAGCAGCUGUCCAGAGAUUACACCCGGGAAGUCAGAUUACUGUCCUAGAGGGCAAAAAUAGCGACAUUGUCGAGUACCGAUUACAACACUCUGACGACAUAAUAGCCGCCGCUAGCGAGCUCUCCGGUUUUAGAAACAUUCAAAACCUGGUGCGCAAACUGACCUCGGGCGCCGGCUCCGAGCGCAAGAGGAACAUCACCGCUCUGCGGAAAAGACGAACGGGCCCUAGUGCAAACUCACGAAAGAUGGCGGCCGCAACGGCCGACCCAUUCCACUCUGACUACAUCGAGGUGAACGCCUGCCCGGGUGCGUGCAUGAACGGUGGUGGUCUACUCAACGGUGAGCAAAACAGUCUGAAGCGGAAGCAGUUGGUUCAGACCUUAAAUAACCGCCAUGGACAGGAGCUUGCAAUGGUGGACCCACUGGCUCUGGGACCCAAGUUAGAGGAAGCGGCAGUUCGCCCGCUUUCAAUAGAGUACGUCUUUGCGCCUGUCAAGCAAGCCACCGAGAAGGAUCUUGUCUCUGUUGGCAGUACCUGGUAA